AGACGUGGCAGCGGGCGGUCGGGCGGUCGGGAGGGAGAGGCGGCGGCGGACGGGCCGAGUGGCGGCCAUGGGGCUCUGCAAGUGUCCGAAGCGCCGCGUCACCAACCUCUUCUGCUUCGAGCACCGCGUCAACGUGUGCGAGCACUGCCUGAUCUCCAAGCACAGCAAGUGCAUCGUCCAGUCGUAUCUCCAGUGGCUCCAGGACAGCGAUUACAGUCCCAGCUGUCGGCUCUGCAAUGCUCCACUCGCCGAUGAUGACACGGUCCGGCUCGUUUGUUAUGACCUCUUCCACUGGUCCUGCCUGAACGAGAUGGCGGCCCGGCUGCCGAAGAACACGGCCCCCGCGGGCUACCAGUGCCCCAGCUGCAGUGGUCCCGUUUUCCCCCCCGCCAACAUGGUCAGCCCCGUGGCCAGCGUGCUGAAGGAGAGGCUCAGCACCGUCAACUGGGCGAGAGCCGGGCUCGGCCUCCCACUGAUUGAGGAAGAAGAGUUGUCGCAGGAGCAGGAGUCGCUGGACACGACCGACGCCACCGACUGGUCCAGUUUCUCAGUUCAUGGCGUGGGUGACCACACAGCGAGGAGCCCGGCGCUUCCGUCGAGCAGUUUCACCUCCCUGCAGGAGUACAGGGAGGAUCCAGGUGGUAACACCAAGGCAGAGCGUGCCCAGGAUGUGGGGCCCGGGAGCGAGGCUAUCUCCAUGAGUACAGGGACAGCCCAUGUGUCCUCGCCCAGGAAGGUCUACGACACCAUCGCUCGGGACACAGCGAGGUCGACCGCCGUGCAGCUCGACUUCGACGACGACAAGUACCGCAGACGGCCAGCUCUCACCUGGUUCGCCCGCUGGUUCAGGAACACCACGGCGUCGAAGAGGCGGCCCCUGUCCCGGCUGCAGCGCCUGCUGGCGGUGCUGGUGGUCGGCGUGCUGGCCUUCCUCACCCUGGUGGUCGUCAUGUCCCGGCUCGGCCGUGCCUCCGUGGAGAACGACCCCAACUGGGACCUUAUGCAGAACCCCCACAUCCAGGUGGGGGCCGAGUAGUCAGUGUCAGGGGGGUGGGGGGAAGGGGUGCUGGUCGACGGGGGAUCCCUCGGCGCCGGAUGGGACCGAACUGGAUGCCCUUUGGAGAGACCGCAUUCCCCGCGAGGAGUGGGGGGGAGGGGGCGAGGGCUGACCCCCCCGCCCCCGCGUUGUGGGGGUCACGUAGCGGACGGUGGCGGGGCAGCCCUCGGCUGGUGGUGUGGGGAGUGGAACUGUCGACGUCUCGGUCUGAAAGCCUGUCCCAGGACUGGGCAGGAAGCGGGGAAACCACGGACUGCAGAAUCUGGAUGUGACGCAGGACUGAGGAUACAGGAGGGAAGAGCAGGGUGCCCACCCCACCCCACCCCACCCCACCUCCCCGCUUUUGUCCACCUAUCACUGCUCUGCUUUCCCCUCCUGUAUAUCGGGCUUCCCCUCUUCCUAUCAUCACCGCUGAAGGAGGGUCCUGACCCCAAACGUUGACCGCCUGCAUUUCUCCGCGGAUGCUGCCUGGCCUGCUGAGUUCCUCCAGCGUCGUCGUGUUUUUCAUCGGGGAGGGGGGGUGGCC